UGACCGAUAGCAUAAAUGCCUAAAUCCCAUCCGGCCAUCCCAACCGCCGGUAAACCUCGCUCCGUUUCAAUUGGCUCCGGUGUCGUCGAAGAUGUUCUUCGUUCGCUGCCCCUACUGUCCCGGAACCCAAGGCCGCUGCGCCACCACCUCCUCCGGCCGCCACGUGACGGAGUGCUCCGCCUGCGGCCGCGUCAUCGAAGAACGGCACACUCAAACACAUCAUCUCUUUCAUUUACAAGCCCACGAAUCUCCACUUCUUCUCGUCACUCCCGACCUCGCCUCCUUCUCCCCGUCCUGCUCCAACGAUGAGGACCCCUUCCACCCCACCGGCUUCAUCACCGCUUUCUCCACUUGGUCUCUUGAGCACUCACCCCUCUUUGCGCGCUCUGCUUACUCUUUUGAUGGUCACCUUGCUGAGCUUGAACGCGCCCUAGACUCAUCGUCAUCCGGUUCGGCCGUUGCGGAUCCCGCCGGGCCGAUGGUGUCCGUGGAUCAUCUUCGCGCUUAUCUUCAGAUCAUCGAUGUAUCUUCUAUACUCGGACUUGACCAUGAUGUUGUUGAUCAUGCGUUCCAGCUCUUCCGUGAUUGCUGCUCCGCCACAUGUCUCCGCAACCGCAGCAUCGAGGCGCUUGCUACUGCUGCCCUGGUUCAUGCUAUUCGUGAGGCUCAGGAACCUAGAACGUUGCAGGAAAUCUCCACAGCUAGUAAUCUUCCCCAGAAGGAGAUAGGAAAGUACAUCAAAAUCCUUGGUGAAGCUCUGAAAUUGAGCCAACCUAUCAACAGCAAUUCAAUAUCAGUUCACAUGCCUAGAUUUUGCACUCUACUUCAACUCAACAAAUCUGCUCAGGAGCUGGCAGCUCAUAUUGGAGAAGUUGUCAUCAAUAAGUGCUUCUGCACCCGUAGAAAUCCUAUCAGCAUAUCUGCUGCUGCUAUAUACCUUGCUUGUCAACUUGAAGACAAGCGCAAAACCCAGGCUGAGAUCUGCAAAGUAACCGGUCUUACAGAAGUCACUCUUAGAAAAGUUUACAAAGAAUUAUUAGAGAAUUGGGACGACCUUCUCCCACCUAAUUAUACUCCUGCAGUGCCUCCUGAGAAGGCUUUUCCCAUGACUGCAAUCACCUCCUGCCGUUCAUCCAUUGCAAAAGCUGAUUUGAUGGAGGUAUCCAAUCUUUCAAUCCACCAGGAAAAAGACAAACAUCAAGAAGCCAAGAAGCCUGGCAAAGCUACAGAAGUCUCAGAGAUCGACUUUCAUCAGGCAAAACCUAAGGAUGCAGAACUCAAGAGUGCCUUGCGAAGUAACUCCAGAGCGUCAUUCACGGCGAAUAAGGAGUUGUAUCAGGGGAGUUUUUGGCAGCGUCAGUUCCCUUUUGGCUCGAGUUCUAUGAAGGUAGGCGGAGAGAAGGAUCAGAAGGGUGAUCAAGCGGUUAUAGCCACCAAUGAGACUAGGUGUUCGCCAUCCGACAGUGAGCUGAAGGUUGAUAAAGAGGCAGCAGUUGCGCAGCAAGGAGCUGGUAAUAAGAACAGAGCUAGUGAUACUGAUGCCUCUCAUUGCAGGGAUAAGAAAUAGAGCAUUAGUUUGAAUUGUUAAUCAGGCGGCAUGUUUCCUUAUUGAUUUGUCUGAUGAUAAAUUUUGUUCCAGAAAUAUGAAAUUAGAUAUUUUGCACUGCCUUCACCUCUGUCAGAUUUUUUGCUAUAGAAUGCAUUGUUCUCAUUUCAAACAGAAUGGAGAAAGAAUGAUUUUUAGGAACUAAUGGAGAAUAAGAGUUCAUAAACGCAAUUCAAUAUUUAAGUUUAAUAAUGACGACGCAGUAGUUAGAAAAUUGAGUUUCAGUGCAAAGUGAUUGCUAUAUUGAGUGCUUUAGCAAUAUAACCAGCAGUGGUGAUAGUGAGCUUUUUUAUUAAUUCAAUCAUAAGUGUCAAAAUUACUCCCUCUAUUACAACAGAAUCAUUGCUUUUAUAAUUCGAAAGAGAAAACCAUGACAAUUGAAGCUAGCAGUUUUUACUUGAACCUUCAAGAUUGACCUGUAGAGGGUACAAAAGUCAUUCCACAUUACUGCAUUCUUUAUGACAUAUUUAGUAUAAUUAGA